UUGAAUUUGACCUGUAUCUCUGUCUGGUCAUAAUUUCUUAAGGAUUUAAGUUUAUACAUACUGACAGUAUUUCCUGAGCCGGGGGUCUAUCGGAAACAGCCUCUCUACUUCUUCGGGGUAGUGGUAGGGACUGCAUAGAUUAUAAUUAUCUUCCCCAGACCUCACUAUGUGGGAAUAUAUUGGGUUUUUUGUUGUUGUUGUUGAUACUGACAGUCUUAAGAUUUUUAAGAGAACUGUCAAAACAGACGUAAAAAGACAACCUUAUGAUGUUCGAACCCCCAUCUCUGGGGCGAUAUAGUAUACAUUUCUAGCGCUAGAUCAUUGAUGCUUGUUGGUUUAAGGCUAUGUUUUAUUUUAUUUUAUUUUAUAUUGUUUAUACUCUUCAAAUUUAUUUUUUCUGAAAAAAAAAACCCGACCUUCUGAGAUUGAUUUCAUCUUUGUUUUUGUAUUUUGCAAACUUUCAAAAACAUUUUGCAAUUUUAUUGGGCGACAAGCUGACCUCAUGAUGCCGGUUUUCACAAGAUUUUGGCGCUGAAAAAACCAACAUCGAAGCUGAAGAGCUUGUUGAACAAAACCAUGUAAAGAUGAUAGUUAGUGGCAUGCAGACUUGGGAAGAAACAGCUUUAAUUGCUGAUAUUGGGAAAAGGCAUCAAGUUCCAAUUAUCUCUUCUGUUACAGCUUCCUACACACCAGAAUUGGUGCAGCUUAAAUGGCCUUUCUUGGUUCAAAUGACUUCAAGCAGCCUGGACCAAAUAAAUUGUACAUCUUCUAUAGUUAGCUCCUAUCAGUGGAGGAAAGUCAUAGUAAUUUAUGAAGAUGACAUGUAUAGUGAUUCUAGUAUGCUUGCAGUUUUAACUGAAACACUUAGAGGUCAUGGUGCAGAAAUAGAGCAUCAACUAAUACUUCCACAAUUAUCUUCUCUGUCCGAUCCAAGGGAGGUUGUUCGACGAGAGGUUGUCAAGUUACUAAGGAAACAAUCAAGGGUGUUUAUCGUUCUUCGCUCAUCAGUAUCAGCAGCAGGUCAUCUAUUUAAAGAAGCCAAAGAGAUUGGACUUAUGGGUAGAGAGUCAGCUUGGAUACUUGCAGACUCUCUUUCUGAUCUCUUGGAUUCUGUUGACACAGCCUUUCUUUCUUCUAUCCAAGGGGCUUUAGGAAUCAAAAAUCACUAUGCAGAUACCACCAAGGUUUUCCAAGAUUUUAAAGGUCAAUUCCAAAAGAUGUUCCGGUCUCAUUAUCCUAAGGAAGAUCAGUCAGAUCCUGGAAUUCAUGCUCUAAAAGCAUAUGAUAGUAUUACUGCUAUUGCUAAGGCUGUAAAUAGUUUGGGUACCAAGAGUUCUAAUGACUCAGUUUUGCUGAAAACCAGAAUUCUUUCCAGCAAUUUCACAGGUUUGAGUGGCCAUGUUAGCUUUGUCAGUGGAGCACUGUCACACCCUCCAACAUAUAGGAUUGUGAACGUCGAUGGGAACAGAUAUAAAGGACUUGGCUUUUGGUCAUCAAAGUUUGGCUUCUCGGAAGUUCUUGGAGAAGAAAAUGGGGAGAGAAUUGGGGUUGAUGGUUCACGUACCAUGAAGUCAAGUGUGGUAAAAUGGCCAGGAGAAUUGAAACGUGUCCCAAAAGGGUGGGCAAUGCCUACUGAUUCAAAACCAUUGAUUAUUGGUGUUCCAGGGAGAACAUCUUUCGAGAAAUUUGUAAAGGUUGAAACGGUGGCUGAGACAAAUGAAAGGAAGUAUAGUGGUUUUUGUAUUGAUCUUUUCAAAGAAGUAGUUAAGAUUUUGGAGCAAAAUUAUACGCUACCUUAUGAAUUUGAACCAUAUAAUGGCUCAUAUCCUGAUCUGGUUCAGCAAGUGAUUAAUGGGAAUUAUGAUGCUAUCGUUGGAGACAUAACUAUACUUGCUGAAAGGACAAAAUAUGUGGAGUUCACACAGCCAUUUGCAGAGUCGGGACUGACCAUGGUGGUGCCGGUGAAGUUUGAUAGAUCUGGGAUGGCAUGGAUGUUCUGGAAGCCUUUCACUACAAACAUGUGGAUAGCAACAGGAGCUGUCUUAGUUUACACAAUGCUUGUAGUCUGGUUCAUAGAGCAUCAGUCCAAUGCAGAAUUUAGAGGCCGAUGGAAAGAUCAACUUGGAACUGCAAUGUGGUUUACAUUCUCUUCACUGUUUUUUGCUCACCGGGAGAAUAUCAAAAGCAACUAUACAAAGAUUGUACUGGUGAUUUGGCUUUUCCUGGUCUUCGUGUUGACUUCGAGUUAUACAGCUUCUCUGACUUCAAUGCUAACUGUUCCAAGACUGGAACCAAGUGUGAAAGAUCUAAAAUGGAUAAAGAGAACAAAUGCAAUGGUUGGAUGUGAUGGUGAUUCCUUUGUUAAGGACUACUUGAGGCAAGUAUUGGAGCUUCAAAAUAUCAAGAAGAUUAGUAAUCAGGACGAUUAUCCAAAGGAACUUGAAAGUGGAAACAUCAAAGCAGCCUUUCUUGAAAUCCCAUAUCAGAAGGUUUUCCUUAGAGAGCAUUGCAACCAGUAUGUUAAAGCUGGUCCUAGUUACAGAUUUGGAGGACUAGCCUUUGCGUUCCAGAAAGACUCUCCGCUAGCUCGUGAUGUAUCUGAAGCCAUACUGACUCUAACACAAGAUGGUAUGCUUAACCGCUUGGAAGAACAUUGGUUUGCUUUGUCAAGAAAUUGUGACAAUGCUGAUUCUGCCGAUGAAACAGAUAGCCUCACUCUUGGGAGCUUCUGGGGCUUAUAUCUAGUCUCUGGUGCAACAUCUACUGUCUGUUUGCUGUUUUAUGUGUAUCAUUUAUUCAGAAAAUCCCGGCAACUGAGUGGACCAUUUUGUGACAAUAUAGUUCAUCCAUCAACUGAUCAAAGUUUCUGGACAAAGACAGCUGGAAUUAUACGGUAUAACCAAAAUGACAAGCCUGCAGCAUCUUUAAGGAGACUAACGUCUGCUCGUGCAGCAGGGCUCGGGGUAGACAAGAGGGGGCUUUCGCCAAAGUGGCACUUGGUGAGUCCUUCAGACGCCGCGCAAAUUUUUGAUGGCUCGUCCCAACAUCCUCAACUUGCUAUAGAAAUGGAGAAUGUAAGGUUAGAGUGAAGUGGGAUUGUUCAGAGUAAUAAAAUGUCAACACAUACUAGACUAUGUAGAUUUUCAUUUUCUACACUAACUUUUUGUAGAUAACCAUUGAUUCCCUCCGAAUCGAUCCAACGUAAAGGUUUCAUUUUCGAUAGAAUUAUAAAUUGUAGUAGAAUAGAGCAGUAGAAAGAUAACAUUAUGCAGUGGUGGUAACUUAUCCACUUCUUGUGCUGCAAACAUUUAGUCACUGAAUGAUAGUUUUAUAGUACACUGAGAUCCGAUCUGUGAUAUCGUCGACAGCACAACAAACGUUGAAGUCUUUGAUACAUUCAGAGCAUGUCUUCGCCAAUCCUGACAGAUUGUUGUCCUGUCACACAAUUCUGUAACCACAAAGUUAUUGGUGUCACAAGAAAACUGUGAUGAACUGUAUAGUCUAGUGGUAUCAGUCGAGUUUCCAAUUAAUAUAAUAUGUUAGAAAAGUGUAGCUUUCAUUGUGAUAUCAGUAGAGUUUCCAAUUAAUAUAAUAUGUUAGAAUACCGUUGCUUUCAUUCUCUUAGUAUCUUUC